AUGCCUCUUCCCUCAUCACAGCCAUCGUCUUCCCCAGCACUUAAACGGAAACAAUCAACCAUCGCGAGCUUCUUCACAAAGAAACCACAAACCGCUCAACGGGAUUCAGUCAAUGUCGAUGAAGACCAAGGUUCAGGAGCCAGGGCAGAGAAAGCGGCAACCCAGGAAAAAGUGCAAGACCAAAAGACUGGCCUGGCCGAUGAUAAGGACAAUGAUAUAGUGGCACCAGCUCCCAAGAGAGCUAGAGCAAACCGGCCUCGGUCUGGAGAUAAAGACGCGAACUCAAAUUGGGCAUCGGCUUCAACCAUAGAGCGACCUCCGGCGCUAAGUAGUAGUCAACGGACUGAAUUGUUCAUGUUUACCAGCUCACCGGCUGUGCACACUGGAACGGAAGCGCCUUCGGAGACAAUUGAACCCGAAGCCAAGCAAAGGCAAAAGGAGAGAGGAGAGCUACACCAAAGGUUCGUUCGGAAGUUGGGUGGCGCAGACUGUCUCAUUGGCAUCGGUAGGAAUGCAGUCAGCGAAGUUACUUCCGCGGAGGAUGGUCCAGAGGCAGAAGAUGACGAGGAACCAGCACCUCCCGCUAAGGGCAAGGCCACUGGAAAGAAAGGAGGGAGCAAGCUCACUCCAAUGGAGAAGCAAGUUAUCGACAUCAAGCGCAAGUAUAUGGAUACGGUCUUAGUAGUCGAAGUUGGCUACAAGUUCCGGUUCUUUGGCGAAGAUGCGAGGGUUGCUGCGAAGGAGUUGUCUAUAGUCUGCAUCCCUGGCAAAUUAAGAUUCGAUGAACAUCCCUCUGAAGCACACCUCGACCGUUUUGCCUCUGCCAGUAUACCGGUUCACAGACUACACGUCCAUGUGAAGCGCCUCGUUGCCGCAGGUCAUAAAGUCGGUGUCGUGAGACAGAUAGAAACUGCUGCGCUCAAGGCAGCAGGUGAUAACCGCAACGCACCCUUUGUGCGCAAGCUCACAAAUCUAUACACCAAGGGCACAUAUAUCGAUGACGUGGAGGGAUUGGAAGGGCCUAUGCCAGCAGCAUCCGGUGGUGCUUCGCCAGCGACUGGCUAUCUGCUUUGCAUUACUGAGACUAACGCUAAAGGCUGGGGCAAUGACGAGAAGGUUCAGGUGGGAAUUGUAGCAGUUCAGCCGGCUACAGGGGAUAUAAUCUAUGAUGAUUUUGAAGACGGGUUCAUGAGGAGCGAGAUUGAAACGAGGCUACUGCAUAUUGCACCCUGCGAGGUUUUGAUAGUCGGCGAGCUAUCUAAGGCUACGGAGAAGCUUGUUCAACAUCUUUCUGGCAGCAAGUUGAACGUCUUCGGCGACAAGACCCGCGUGGAAAGAGUUACCAAGUCAAAAACUGCUGCGGCCGAGUCCCAUAGCCAUGUUUCAAGCUUCUAUGCAAGGAAGAUGAAGACGGCCAGUGCUGCAGAUGACGCUCAGGCAAGUAGCCUACUCCAGAAGGUUCUCAAUUUGCCAGAGCAAGUGACCGUCUGCCUUUCUUCUAUGAUUGAGCACAUGAAAGAGUACAGUUUGGAAUACGUCUUCGAGUUGACUAAGUAUUUUCAACACUUUUCUUCUCGAUCACACAUGCUUCUGAACGGGAACACUCUCAUGAGUCUUGAGAUCUACCAAAACCAGACCGAUCAUACCACCAAAGGCAGUCUCUUUUGGACACUUGAUCGGACGCAGACGCGCUUUGGGCAAAGACUGCUCAGGAAAUGGGUCGGACGUCCUCUGUUAGAUAAGUCGAGGCUCGAAGAGAGGGUGAACGCCGUUGAAGAGCUAAAGAACCCAGAAAGGACGGUCAUGGUUGAGCGACUCAGAGGAUUGCUUGGUAAGGUCAAGAGCGACUUGGAAAAGAGCUUGAUCCGGAUUUAUUAUGGCAAGUGCACUCGACCGGAACUUCUCACCGUGUUACAGUCGAUGCAGAUGAUUGCGCAAGAGUUUUCUGGCGUGAAAUCGCCCUCCGAUACCGGAUUCAUAUCUGCUGCCAUAAACGAAGCAAUUACCUGUCUCCCGACCAUCUUGGACGAUGUUGUGGCUUUCCUAGACAAGAUCAACAUGCAUGCUGCAAAAAGCGAUGACAAGUAUGCCUUUUUUCGCGAAGCCGAAGAGACAGAGGAUAUUAGCGAUCAGAAGCUUGGGAUUGCUAGUGUUGAACACGAGUUGCAGGAACAUCGCUCUGUCGCCGGCGAGAAGCUUGGACGGAAGAUGGUUGAAUACAAGUCUGUUGCAGGCAUUGACUAUCUAAUCGAGGUUGACAACAGCUCGGCCUCUAUCAAACGGGUCCCUGCAUCUUGGAUGAAAGUGAGCGGCACCAAGAAAGUCUCCAGAUUCCACACGCCGGAAGUUAUCCAACUCACACGACAACGAGAUCAACAUAAAGAGGCGUUGGCGGCAGCUUGUGACAAGGCUUUUAUAGGCCUCCUAGGCGAUAUUGCAACCAAAUACCAACCCUUUCGGGAUUGUGUGCAGGCGCUGGCCUCGCUUGACUGCCUAAUCUCGCUGGCUACUAUAGCUGGCCAGCCGGGAUAUGUCAAGCCUGAGUAUACGGACCACACGUGCAUCCAUGUCGAUCAGGGCCGCCACCCAAUGGUUGAACAGCUCUUGCUGGACAGCUACGUGCCCAACGAUAUCGACUUGGACAGUGACAGGACACGCGCUCUUCUGGUCACUGGCCCUAAUAUGGGUGGCAAGUCCAGCUAUGUACGACAAGUGGCCCUCAUUGCCAUCAUGGGACAAAUUGGCUCGUAUGUCCCCGCGCGAGCGGCCAAGCUUGGUAUGUUGGACGCUGUGUUCACUCGCAUGGGUGCUUUCGACAACAUGUUGGCGGGCGAGUCUACAUUCAUGGUCGAGCUCUCUGAAACCGCGGAUAUACUCAAACAGGCGACCCCUCGGUCACUAGUCAUACUGGACGAAUUGGGUCGGGGUACAUCCACGCAUGAUGGCGUUGCAAUCGCCCAGGCCGUCCUCGACUAUAUGGUGCGGUCGAUUGGAAGCCUCACCCUCUUCAUCACACAUUAUCAGCAUCUCUCCUCGAUAGUACAUUCCUUCGCCGACCACGCACUACGAAACGUGCACAUGCGCUUCACCGAAUCGGGAGCUGGGGCGGACGAAGAAAUCACAUUCCUUUACGAGGUGGGCGAGGGCGUGGCACACCGCAGUUACGGAUUGAAUGUCGCACGAUUAGCAAAUCUGCCAGGGUCAUUGCUGGAGCAAGCCCGGCAGAAAAGUAAAGAGCUGGAGGAGAAAAUCCGCCGUCGGAAACUUGCUGGACUUGUGGCGGCGGUCGGGGGAGUCAUGGAAGGUUCCCAAGAUGAUGGCAUGAUUGAGCGACUCGUUAGCAGCGCGGAGCAGCUGUGA